UGAAGGGGGCAGGCAGAUGCAUGGAGGGCUGGUCCUGGUCUAUCAUGUCUAUAAGAGCAGAGCACUGGCCUUCACAUGAGCAUACAUCUCUGAGGGACAUACAGGUUGUUUCACACAGGCAAAGGGAGACAUCCGGACCUGGUUGAAAGAUGGGUUGCCAGAAGGUCAUGCUGGAUAAGCUUGCACAAACUUUCCAGAUCCGCAACAAGCUGCUGCGCCAGGGACUGGCUGAAUGCUUGGGAACUCUCAUUCUGGUGAUGUUUGGCUGUGGUGCUGUUGCCCAAAUGGUACUAAGUGGAGAAAGUCAUGGUCGCUUCCUUUCUGUAAACCUUGCUUUUGGCUUUGCCGCUACCCUUGGAAUCUUGAUUUGUGGCCAGGUGUCAGGCGGACAUUUAAAUCCAGCAGUUACAUUCGCUCUCUGCCUCUUGGGAAGAGAAAAAUGGAGAAAGUUUCCUGUGUACUUUCUGUUCCAAACACUUGGUGCCUUCCUGGGUGCUGCAAUUAUCUUUGCUGAAUACCAUGAUGCAAUGUAUGAAUAUGCCGGAGAAAAAAAUGAAUUGCUUGUAGUUGGGGAAAAAGCCACUGCUGGUAUUUUUGCUACAUACCCAAACCCACAUCUCACCAUCUUGAAUGGUUUUUUUGACCAGGUGAUUGGCACAGCAUCUCUGAUUGUCUGCAUCCUGGCCAUUGUGGACCCCUACAACAAUCCAAUCCCCCAAGGUCUUGAGGCCUUCACGGUGGGGUUCAGCGUCCUUAUCAUUGGACUCUCCAUGGGCUUCAAUUCUGGUUAUGCAGUCAACCCAGCUAGGGAUUUUGGGCCUCGUCUUUUCACUUCCAUGGCUGGUUGGGGUGGUGAAGUCUUCACUGUCAGAGAGUGUUGGUUUUUGGUGCCCAUCUUCGCCCCAUUUAUUGGAUCCAUUAUUGGUGUGAUUGUGUACCAGCUCAUGGUGGGGUGGCACGUGGAGGGAGAAGUACGGGACAAAAAGAAUAAAGCUAAGGAGGAGUCUUUGAAACUUAAUGAUGUCACCAGCAAAGAAUGAACUGCGAGAUCUCCAUCAACUCUUUGGCCCAUACAUUCAUAUACUUUAAAGUUUCUGCUUUUAGUCUCUGAGUUUGAUAAAUUUCACCCACGGCUCCCUCUUCUCUUUAAGAAGGGAUUCUGGUAGUUGUGCAGACCAUCAAAUGGACUUAAAAUGCUUAAAAUAUCAAGUUUCAAACGUUUUCUUGUUCCUUCAGAUAUGUUUCUUAUUUUCUUUAGCAUGAUUCUUUUUUCUUCACACAUCCUCCCGAUUUAUCCUUUAAGGGAAAAAGGUGUUUCUUUAGCAACACGAAUUAUAUUAAUUCACUGUUUUUAAAGUUAGCAAAAAAUGUAGUGUAGCACCUAUGUAUUUUUACAGUAUUUCAGACUUCUAUACUAUCACCCAAAAAUUUUGCCAUUCCCGUUAAGAAAGUGAGCAGUUCUACCAAAAAAAAUAAAAUUAUUUCUCUUUCUUUGUAAAUAUCUUAUAUUGUCAUCAUCAUUUAAAAAGUUUUUUUUUCUAUUAUAUAGCAGGACAUUACUUUAAAACCUACCGUAUAUGCAUUUCGAGAAACAUCUUACAGUCAAUGACGUAGCAAUCCUGCAAUUGUAUAGCAUUACAGUUUUUGGACUAGUAUCCAUGUCAUCUUUUAUGUAUCUGUUAAUGUCAUAACCAUUUUAGUUUUGUGAUUGAAUGUUUUGAAGCAAUGGAUUGUUGUCCUAAUAAAGUUUUUUUUUUUAUAAAAAGACAAAAAAAA